UCUUGUCAAGGACUCAGAGAGUUACUAUAAUCUUAAUUACUAAAAAGGUACUUUUAUUUUGCGACGCCACAGAAAUGGAAAAUACUCAUGCAAGAACAACUUUAGCAUUUAUCCAAAAAAGGAAGAAUAUUCCGGAAAUAAUUACACUCGAUGGGACUACUUUAACGAUACCGGAAGUCCUUGCAGUCAGUAUUGAGCCAAAAUUGAAAGUAAAUAUUGGCAAGAAAUCAUUAAGCGAACUAGAAGCAAAUGCAGCAUACUUAAAAAAGAAGUUAGAAAAAGGACUCGUGGUUUACGGGAUAAACACGGGGUUUGGUGGAAGUGCCGAUGUUCGUUCGUGGGAAUUUGAGGACGUACAGAAAGCGCUGAUUCGUCAUGUUAAUGCUGGAAUGGGGCGGUUCUUUCCAACUGACAAGGUCAGAGCUGCGAUGGUUACAAGGGCAAAUUGUCUUUCAAAGGCAUAUUCUGGCGUACGUUCUGAGGUUGUCACAAAUCUGACAGAUCUAAUAAAUACCGAUAUUUCUCCCGAAGUUCCACUUCGAGGUUCCGUCAGUGCCAGUGGGGAUUUGAUGCCUCUAAGUUACAUUGCAGCAGCCAUAAUAGGGAGAAAAGAUUUGAAAGUGUCUAAAGGAGGGAAGAUAAUGUCUUGUCCAGAGGCUCUUGCAGAGGCAGGGAUAUCACCAGUUGUUCUUGGACCAAAGGAAGGACUUGCAAUAAUUAAUGCAGAUUCAUUCUCUGCCGGAUUUUCAGCUCCAACUCUGUAUGACGCAAAUCUGCUUCUACUUCUUACCCAAGUAUGUACCGGGCUGUCAAUUGAAGCUUUGGAAGGAAGAACGGAAAGCUUUCAUCCUCUUAUACAUAGCUGUCUUCCGCAUAUAGGUCAGAAAGAAAUAGCAAGUAACAUGCUGUCAAUUCUGGAAAACAGCAAGCUAGCUAUCACGACAUUAGACAUGAACCUACCAGAUAAAUAUGGAUUUCUGAAGCAAGAUCGUUACAGUUUGCGAAGUUCGGCACAAUGGCUUGGGUCAGCUGCUGAAACUCUAAAUGAAUCAUGCCGAAGAAUAACAAUUGAACUGAACAGCGCCAACGAUAAUCCCAUUAUUGAUCAUCGUACAGAUAAAAUUUUGCAUGGAGCAAAUUUUCAGGGAGAAACCAUGUCUAUCGCAAUGGAUCAAACACGACAGGCACUUGGAAUUUGCGGGAAGCUACAAUUUGCUCAAUUUUCAGAGGUUGUAAAUGAGAAGCUGAAUUUUGGAUUACCACCGAAUCUUAGUGGAUGUGAUAUCAACGUGGAUUUUGGAUUCAAAGGGUGUGAUACAGCCAUGGCCUCUUACAUGUCUGAACUCGAUCACUUUGUCAACCCUAUGAGUAAUCAUGUGUUAAGUGCCGAGACACAUAACCAGUCAAUCAACUCAAUGGCUUUGGUUAGCGCUCGAUUCACCUCAGAGGCAGUGGAAAUUUUACAAAUGAUGACAGCAAACUUGCUUCUUCUGACUGCGCAAGCCGUCGAUCUACGUCAUAUCCGGAACAUCGUUUUAAAAGAAGUCCACACGAUGACACAAGAAUAUCCGGAUCUAGCGACAACGUUAGAUAAGAUAGAAUGGUAUGAACUGCUGUUUUCAUCUAAAAAGAAAAAUGCUAAGGAGACAGAUGUCCGAUCAGUAGGUGACCAGAUUGAAGCAAACGAUCGUCUAUCGAAGAGAUUGUCCGACUUGUACAGUUCUGCUUGUGAUGGAAAAAUGGAUGCCUCUAAACAGAUGGGUCAAGGCACAAUGAAAAUGUACAACUUUAUUCGAAAAGACCUUGACAUUCCCUUCUACUGUGGACAAAAUGGGAUCGAUUCCUGGCUAAGAAAGAUCCUAGAGUCAAUACAGAGCAGAGAUAUAGAAAAUGUUCUGGAGGAGAUAUUUACACCAAUCGUGAAGACAGGUGACUUGAACGGCAAAAUGUGAAUUGUAACGUGAACAUAUAGAACACGAACGGCAAAAUGUGAAGUGUAACGUGAACACAUGUGACAUGAACGGCAAAGUGUGAACUGUAACCAUAUUGUCCGUCUUACGACUAUGUACUUUUGUAUAAAAAAACUCUUAAGGUUGCUUUAAAUGAAAAAAAAGAUAAUUAUUUAUAUUUACCAUGAUUCUUACAUAGAUAUUUGUAUUAAUGGUGUGUUUUGAAGAUAACAAAUGACUUACAUUAUUUACUUUGGUAAGGAGAGACCACUAAGAUAUAUUUUAUUUUUUUCUCCCAUUAUUGCAAAUCUCAGCAGAAAUAUUUUAUAAUUCAUAAGUUGUAUCAUUUGAAUAAUAUUCGGAAUAAUGGACAACACAGAUUCAUAAACUCUCAAUAUAAUGUGGUAAAUAUAUGUUUAUGCAAUGUUAAUAUUUUUAACGUUAUGCAUUCCGAUUUUUGGGACAUUACAUUUCCCUCAAAAUUUAGAAACAUGCUAGAUAUAUUUAGAUAAAUACAUUUCGAUUUAACAUGUAUUGAAUAGAAUUGGCUUUCAAAAUGAGAAAAAAAAAUAAAAGAAUUUCAGUACCAUUUUGCAUUUAAUUUGAGGAUGAAUUUAAAUAUGACUAAUUUAGAGUUCAGUUAAUUUAUGAAGAAAAUGUAUUCUUGUCUAAUGUUUUUUUUCUUCUAAUUCGUGCUGUUCAGACAAAAGAAACACUUUUUUGAGCUGCACAUAGAGGAAUGCAUUUUUUUAAUGUUCAUGCUUAGACUUUUACAAGUUAUUUUUAUAUUCAUUGAAAUCUGGUUUUGUGAAAACUGACAUUAAUAUGUAAUUAUGAUAUUGAGUUUAAUAUUUUGUUUUUAACAUAUGCAUUUUGUUCUAACUGAAUCAAAUCACAUAUUCACACCCAUGUAAAUUACUAUAUUUUACAUGAAAUAAAUGAAUAUAAAAGCUUA